AUGAAGAAUAUUGCCUCCAAACCUCCUGAGACCUCAAAAGGCCAUUCUCGCCAAAAAGCAGCUGGGAAAUUGUUUGCUCGCGAACGAAUCAAUCUCUUCCUCGACAAAGGCACUUUCAAAGAAGUGGGCGCUGUAUCAGGCACAACUACAUGGCAAAAAUCACCUACCCAUGCUGUUUCGGAAACAGUCAAAGACUUUGUGCCCAGCAACAAUCCUCAAGGCUUUGGAAUGGUGACUUGUCCGGGGACGAAACAGCAAAGAAGAGUAUACAUCACAGCCGACGACUUUGCCAUUCGCGCUGGCCAUGCCGAUGGAUCCAGUCAUCUCAAAACCCUCUAUGGCGAGGAAACAGCCCUAAAACUCAAGAUUCCUGUUGUCAAACUCGUGGAUGGAUCUUCAGGCGGUGGUAGCGUGACGACAAUAAUGGCGCAAGGAUGGUCCUACUUGCCGCCUUUGACGAGUUUCCCAGCAGUGAUAAAGCAGCUCAAUGCUGGAAUACCAAAUCUGGGCGCCGUGGUGGGUCCCGCGAUUGGUCUUGGUGCUGCUCGCGUGGUGUCGACGCAUUUUUCGGUCAUGGCGGCUGACGUGGGGAGUUUGUUCAAUGCAGGUCCUAGUGUUGUUGCGGAAGCGACGUUUGAGGAAGGCCUAACGCUAGAAGACUUGGGUGGGUGGGAGGUACACUGCCGCAAUGGUACCAUUGAUAACUUGGCUCCCAAUGAGGCAGCUGCGUUCGAGCAACUGAGAACAGUCUUGGGGUUCCUUCCUAAUUGUGGAGAUCUACAGCAUCCUCCUAUUCUGGCAGAAGAUUGGUCUGGCGAUACCACGGAAAGAGAAGAUCUCAAUCUCCGCAGCAUCAUACCAAGAAAGAAAGGAAGGAUGUACAAUCCCUACACCAUCAUCACCUCGGUUGUUGACAAGUCAUCCUUUUUCGAAAUUGGACGCCUAUGGGGCACAACUGCCAUCACUGGUCUCGCACGUCUCGCUGGCCGUCCCGUAGGUAUCAUCUCCAACAACUGCGAGUCCUCCACCGGAGGCGCCCUAGACNCCCUAGGCAGCCAAAAGCUCACACGGAUGAUAAAGUUCUGCGACGUGUUCAAUCUGCCAAUCCUCCAAUUCGUGGACAUACCUGGUUAUGCGAUAGGGACAAAGGCGGAGCGAGGAGCAACCAUGAAAUGGGGUGUCGAAUUGGCAAAAGCUUACUAUAUAUCCACCACACCCAUCUUCUCCGUGGUUACAAGACGCUGUUACGGUAUUGCUGGAGGCGUGAUGAUAGAUUCGCGAUCUCCUCGUUCGCUGGUGGCAUGGCCAAGCGGAGAAUGGGGGUCUUUGCCGCUGGAAGGAGGUAUUCAAGUCGCUCAUCGAGCAGAGUUGGCUGCGAUUGCAAAAAGUCAGGGUGAAGAGGCCAUGAAGAAGAGAUAUGCAGAAUUGGAUGCAGAGUAUCGACGCUUGAUGAAUCCAGUCAGAGCGGCGAAUGCAUUUGGCGUCGAGCAGAUCAUCGAUCCAAAAGACACAAGAAGUGUGGUCUGCGCUUGGGCGAAGGAUAUGUAUGGUUUGGUCAUGGUCGAGAGACUUGAAGACCGUAAAGCGAGGAGGAUCGUGCCUACGUUUACUUGA